AUGCGAUUUUACCUUAACACUGUUGUUUACAAACAGACAAACACCGUAAAGUUCGCUGCAACUUUGCCUCUGACAGCGAGCUGCAAAGAAUGUCUCGCCCGGGGCGUUCCAUGUCGCAGCCAGGAAUUGCCAAAGCCUGAACAUCCCCGCGAGUCGGACCGGGCGCUUCUGAACGAGCGGCUGGCACGUGUUGAGUCGCUUUUAGAGCAACUUUUGAUCCGAGUUGAGGAUGGGGGUAAACAUGAGGAACGCUCAAAAUUACCCAUCGAAAUAGAAUGUUCGACUCCCGCGACCGUGACCCCGGCUCCGGACAAUGUCCCGGUAUUGUCUCUAUUCAGCAAUGAAACGCUAGUUUUCCAAAGACCCGACGAUAGUGCAAACAAGUUUAGACCAUAUGGUUCCAUCAACCGAGACUGGGGGCGACUGCGCCAUGAUUUGUUGGUUCUGAUCCCAUCUCAGAAGACAUUGGAAAUAUUAUCGGACUUCAACAGUACCUGGUGGCUUAUGCGCAUAUACCUAGUCGAAGACUACGACAAAACGCUGGUUUGA